GCGACCGCACUAAUCCUACUGACUGCGCCAAUUAUAUAUUUCGGGUUUCGAAAUAUAUUUUUAAAAAAACUUUAUUUUUUGAAUAUUUGAAUGAAUACAAUUAAUCUCAAGAUCGAACUAAUUAUAAACAUUAAAUAUCAUCGAAUUGUUUACAAACAUCUUAUUUAUAAUAAAAUAGUGCUGAUACAUGUUUACGUUAUUUGAUACAAAAAUAGAAUAAAUGCUGAUAGAUGUUUAUCAUAUUUGAUACAAUGGUAUUGUUUUAAAAAUGUCCUUCAGGAAUUCUUCGCAUGUAACUAGCGACCCUUUUUUUGUGGAUAACUCUACUCUAUUCUACACAAAUAUAUUAUAAAUACAUAUGAAUUGUGUGCAUAAGAAUAAAUCAAUUGUAAAUAAUAUUAUGAUAUGGCAAUAGCAAUUUAUUUUAUUUUUAUGAUUAAAUCAACAACUCAAGGCAACGCCAAUAUAAUAUAUAAAUUAAAAUUUCAACUAUAUAUGAAAUAAUUUAAAUUGAUAUAAGGUUGAAUUAACUUUACUCUUCAAACAAAGGCCACAUUUGAAAGGAUUUCAAAGCAAAAUAAAGGAAAAAACUCACUUUUUUGUCUGUCGGCUUAUCAUCGGAAUUAGCUGAAUAUCGUCUCAAGCGGCUCGAAGGACCAAAUGUUUAGGUGUCGGUGUUUAUUCUUUUCUUCUUUUAUUAUAAUAAUAAUGAUACACUAUUGUAUUUCGUAAACGCACAACUUUAAUUACAUAUAUUAUCCUUGCAUCUCAUAUAUUGAUAUUGAAUUAUUAUACAUUAAACAGAUUUUUAUAAAUUUUACGUCUUCAACUCUUGUGGUGUGUAUCUUGAAUGCCCUGGGUUUUUGCUGUCUCUCUUCUGGGCCCUCGUGGUCGCAGCGUUGCCAGGUUUAGCUUCCAUAUAAAAUUUAGAAGUCGUAACACCGCCCUUUCGUAGAUUGUUUUCAAUAUUUUUGGUUUUCUGUCCCAAUUUCUUCCCGCGACGAUAAAUAGUUUGUUUAUUUUAGUAGUUUUUUCAAUUCAGCCAUACUUUGCCCGUGCUGUCCAUCUCUCAUGGUUACUAGUAUUUCGUAUUUUUUUUGUUUUGCGGUGGUGUUGACCAAGGUUUAGGAGGCUGUUCUCGUGCCUUAGGUCAUGCUGCUAAUUCCGCGUAGGUUUUUGUAGGUGUUCUCAGUGUCGGAAAGUGUGGUUGUUGUUAUUUGUGUUGUUUUCGUUUGGUUAGUCAAUUCGGAAAUGGAGUUUUUCAAUUGUAUAAUUUGUUCGCUAAUAAUUUGUUGGUAACUUUCAUUGUUUGUUUUUCCUUUGAUUAUCUCUGAUUUUAGCUCUGAGAUCUCUUUUUCUUGUGUUGCUAUGUAUCCGAUGAGAUUAUUAAUCAGACCGCUUAACUUAUCUGCUGCUUCUAUGACUGUUGAUUGAUCUUUUUUGUUGAAGCUAAUUUUUCCUUUGCCUUCCGGAGUAGUGCGUGUUAUUGAGUCUUUUAUAUAUUUGUUUAGUUCUCUGGAUUUUUGAGUUGAAUAUUAAAGUAGAUUGUUCAUGUAUUCGCUUAAUUUUUCUUUGGUACUUAAGUCAGUUGUAGAUCUGGAUAGAGGUUCGUCUUUGUAGCUUGUAUCUAAUCUCAUUAUUUUUUUGUUCUUUCAUUUAACUCGAGUGUAUAUCAAACUUAACUGUCGCUCUCGGUUCUAGUUCGAGGUGAAGGUGGUAAUAGAUUUCCCGUAUUCAUCGUGAAAUCGUCUACGUCAUCGGCUAUGUUUCUUAUAGUGCUGUCAAUUUUGCUUGAGUUUCCUUCGAUUUAUAUAUCAGCCACAAAAUCUGGGAGAUUCCAACGAUAGGCCACGAUAGGAACCUAUUAAUUAUAGAGAUUCCAACGAUGAGUCACGACAGUAACCUAUUUAUAGCGGUGAUUUCAAUGUCAAGUGAGAUCAGUAACCCGUAAUGUAGGCUUUACCUACGUAUACUUCUGUGCUCCUAAUACUUUAAAAUGUAAUUUUAGCCGUAAAGUCUUUAGCCGCGUCCACACUAUGUCGACUUGCCGAUCGACACAGUCGACAUAGUGUAGACGUGUCGAUCGACAUUUGUCGAGUCGAAUGUAACCCGAAUGAAGUGCAUUUUUAUUUUCAGUCGAAUGGAAAUAAUUGCCAAGUUUGGACCUGUUGAGCGUGAUAAUAAAGUUUUAAAUCAUUAGUUUUGUUAAAACCUGUGUGCGCAACGGGAAAAGUGGUUCUAUAAUUGUGUUUUACCAAAGUUAAUUGUUUUAUCAAAAUGAAUUUCACAGAAGAACAAACAUUAAAUUUUAUUGAUAUGUACAGAGACCGCCCUCAACUCUGGGACUCUACAAAUGAAGAGUACAAAAACAAAAACAAAAGGCACGAUUUACUUACAGAAAUCGCAGUUUCUUUUGGAAUCGAAAAGUCAGAGGCAGAGAAAAAAAUUAAAAACCUCCAAUCACAGUUUUCUCGCGAAUAGAAAAGAGAAAAGGACUCUCAAAAAACAGGCAGUGGAACAGAUGAGAUUUACCAAUGCAAGCCUAUGGCCGAUUGUUAUUCCUUGCUGACAAAAACAAACCAAGAAAAACAUUGGACACUGAGGUUUCACAAAAUCAACAAAUUGGAGACAGUGAAGUCAACAAGGACACUGCUGGUGAUGAAGACAAGGAAAGAGAGGAUGUGCCGUCGGUAACAAAGUCACCCAAGGAAAGAGAAUUCAGGUCUCCUAAAUUGGGAUUUAAAAGGAAACGCGGACCUCUUGCAGCUCCUCCUAUCACGACACCACUGUUGAAUGAAGCUCUGAAUGUUAUGAAAUCUAUUCAAAACAAAAAAGAAGAUGCAAAGGAUGAGUAUUCUCUUUUUAGUGAGCAAAUUGCAAUAAAAAUACGAAAACUUAAUUCACCCCAAGCAAGAUUUGCCGUUCAAAAUGCUAUAAAUCAUGUCUUGUAUGAGGCAGAAAUUGGUAUGUACAACCCUGGUAUCCCUCAAGCUAGCUGCAGUGGUCCUAACACGGCAUUUUAUUCGCAAGCUCCCUACAGCUACUCUCACCAUCGACCACAGAAUACUGCAACCCCGCCAUUGUCAUCACCUGGUUCCGAAUGUAGCACUUUCCAAUCUGAAUACUCUCCUUCACCUACUCCAACUCCUACCCAUGUUCAAGCUGAAAGUCAGUCGAACAUUCCUGGUUUAGAAGACAUGUUUUCAUUGUAAACACCCUAACUAAUUACUUUUAUAUAACAAUAUGAUUAUGAGAGAAAAAAAAUUUUUCUUAUACCUUUGUAUUACAAUUCUUAUACUUUUAUAUUACAAUAUUACUAUUAUGAGGGAAAAAAUCUAAUAAAAUAAGUUCAUUUUC